CAAACCUACUCACCCGGAUGUCUGACGUCAUAUUCGUGAGACAAUGCUCUCUUCGAGGACAUGACUUUUUGAAUAAACAGAGGAGAUUUAACAAACGUCCAGGGAUUAUACUGACGCUAUAUUUGUAAAAUGUUGGCCCUUAAACAGAGCUUGAGCGGAACUAUGAUCGCUGCUCUGCGAAUGUUUCGCAGCAAUCAAGUUGUUGUUGUGUCCGGCCAUGUGCAGCAGAGAUGUGUUUCCACACAGACAGACGGAGAGACUCGGAUCGUUAACAUACUGAAGGAGAAGUUUCCGUCAGCCGCAUCGCUUAAAGUUGUGGAUAUCUCAGGUGGUUGUGGGGCCAUGUAUGAGAUCCAUAUAGAGUCGAGUGAGUUCAAAGGAAAAAGGACCAUCCAACAACACAAAUUAGUCAAUGAGGCAUUAAAGGAAGAGAUUCAAGGAAUGCAUGGACUUCGAAUAUUCACGGAUGUUCCAAAACAUUAGAGAAAGUCCUUCAACCGUUGACCCACAACAUGUUCCUUUGUUCACCUAUACCAAAUCUACUAUUUUUAGAGGAUAUUGUUGAGUAAAUGAAAUCUUUAAUAAUUGUUUAAUGUGUCAUUAGCAGAGGAGCAUGGUUUCUGGAAGUUACACAGUACGAAUGUGAAAUGUGUAAGAUAUUACACAAAAUUAUCUUUUUUGAAGAUAACUAUCUUCUACUCUCAAAAUAAUAUAUUAAACUGGUGAAUGCUACAGUACGCACAAAACAACUUGGUAAAAUACUUUUAAGGAUUGAUGUUAUGUAGGUUUCUGUUUCUUCUCAGGGUUGAUAAUAUUGAUGGUGUAAGGAUAAGCUGCGGAAACAAAUAAAUAUAACCGUUCCAAACA